CCAUGAAUAUCCAAUGCCUUGUGCCUCCUUUCCUUUGUCACGGCGUACCAUUUGCACCACAUGCCACGGUACGGCUUUGGAAUCCGGCCAUGAUCGGUAGCUGCUUUUGAUCUCCCACCAGAAAAGCCGAGAAAAUGCAUACGACCAGGGAUAAAAUGAGCUUAAUUCCGAUGGUUUCAAGCUUCCCUUCCUGACUUAACCUUGGCAACAAGUAAACAACAACUCCCGAGCUAACACCGACCACUUCCGUGCCCGUGAGAUCCGCGGCCGCGCGGCACGGCGCUCAUAAAUCUUGCGUGGCCAUCACCGGGACGCCAGGUGCCGCGCCACGCCACUGGCCGCGAGCCCGGCGAACCAGGAGGACCCACCCACCAGGCAUCAGGCGCGCGCGCGCGUAGGGAGCCCUUUUAAAACUCCCCUCUCCACGCCCACACCACGCGCGCGGGCGCACGCGCGUGUAGUACGUGCGUGCGGGAACGCGAUGCAGGGGGCCCCGGAUCAGCCGCCCUGCAGUAAGCACGCCGUAACGCGGACUGCGGGCGCGGCACCGGGGCAGCAGCAGCAGCAGCGGGCGGAGAAGGAGGAAGCGUCGUCGGCGGGGCCGGGGGCGCCGUGCGGGGCGUGCAAGUUCCUGCGGCGGCGUUGCGCGCCCGGGUGCGUGUUCGCGCCCCACUUCAGCGGCGGCGGCGGGAGGGAGCGCGGCGCGGCGCAGUUCGCGGCCGUGCACAGGGUGUUCGGCGCCAGCAACGUGGCCAAGCUGCUGUCGCGUGUGCCCGUGGCGCUGCGCCGGGACACGGCGCGCACGGUCUGCUACGAGGCCCAGGCCCGCAUCGCCGACCCCGUCUACGGCUGCGUCGGCACCAUCCUCGCCCUCCAGCACCAGGUAGCGCUGCUCCAAGGCCAGCUCUCCAUCCUGCAAUCCCAGCUCUUCAACUACAGGCUGGCCUUCGCGAGCACGCACCCCGACGCAGACCACUUCGCGGCGCUGCAGCCAGCGUACUCCGCCGGAUCGGCGCCGAGCCAGAUGGUGACCUACGACGACCUCCCGCAGGCCGUAGAUUUCAUGGAUGUGGAGCCCCAGAUGAGGGGCCUGGAAUCCCUGCAGCUGUCGCAGCCACCGCAUCUGGAGGAAAACGAGAGCCAGGACAUGAGUCCUUUCUCGGAUAAUGUAGGACAACAACCGCAACCAUAGAACCCGUUAUCAACAGAAAUGGAGAAGAGGAAAACAAAGACUAAAGCAACAAGCUGGAGUACAACACACUGAUAAUUCAGGUUCCACCGUGUGCUUCUGGUGUUCCAUGUGUUCCACCAUAGACCAGGGAUUGUAGCCAAGUGAUACACAAGGACGAACCCUGCAAGGGAUUGUACACUACACGAGAGUAGAUGAUCCGGGGCACUUGAAAAUGCCUUGAAAUGUACAAAAAUUGCCUCAAAAACUUGUAAGGACAGUUUAAAAAGUGCUGCAUUUACUCAUGUUUUUAAA